UCCGACAACGACAGUUGCACGUUGCCGCUUUAAAACUCUCGUCCGCGACUGUCCAUUACUUCGCCAACCUUCUUUUACCUCCUUUCACAUUUCCCUCGCCCCGCUCAUCAUGAAGGGCACCAUUGGUUAUGACAUUCUAUCCUGGAUCUUCAACAUUAUGGUGGACAUCUUCUUCCGUGAAGUCCGUCCAAGAGGAGCUCACCGCAUCCCUCAGGAAGGCCCAGUUAUCUUUGUUGCAGCACCACACGCCAAUCAAUUUGUAGAUCCAUUGAUUGUUAUGCGAGAGUGCGGACGACGAGCAUCGUUCAUUAUUGCUGCAAAAUCUAUGGGUGAAAGAGGAAUUGGCACGUUUGCUCGACUGUUGAAUUCUAUACCCGUAGUGCGACCCCAGGAUCUAGCCAAGCCUGGCAAAGGACGUAUUCAGCUGUUAAAUCGAAAAACAGAUCCGUUGAGAAUUACUGGUAUCGACACCCAUUUCACUCAGCAACUUCAUGUCAGAGACUCCAUCGUCCUACCCAAGAACGUCGGUCAGUCUGAGGUUGUAGAGAUUGUCUCCGACACUGAGAUCAUAAUCAAAAGAGAGUUCAAAGACCUCAAGGCGCUCGAACUUCUUACACAAAAUGACGGAACUCUCUACAAAUGUAUGCCCCAUAUCGAACAGGAAGAUGUUUAUAAUACCGUAUAUGACGAAUUAAAUGACGGCCAAUGCAUUACCAUCUUUCCGGAAGGUGGUAGUCACGACCGCGCGGAAAUGCUUCCUCUGAAAGCCGGAGUCACCUUGAUGGCGUUGGGCGCGAUGGCUAAAUAUCCUGGUUUGGAUGUAAAGAUUGUACCGUGUGGUCUGAAUUAUUUUCAUCCUCAUCGCUUCAGAUCAAGAGCUGUCAUUGAGUUUGGUGAUCCCAUCACUAUCUCACCUAAGCUUGUUGAACAAUAUAAAGCAGGUGGUACAGAAAAGAGGGCUGCAUGCACAAAACUAUUGGAUAACAUUUACAACGCCCUGAAAUCGGUCACAGUCAAUGCCGCCUCAUAUGAAACCCUCAUGGUCAUACAAGCUGCUCGCCGCCUGUAUAAACCAGCUCAUCGAAAACUACACAUAUCCCAAGUGGUCGAUUUGAAUAGACGCUUUGUCAUCGGCUAUAAUCUAUUCAAAGAUGAACCCAAGGUGAAGGAAUUGCAGCAGAAGGUCUUAGCCUACAACCAGCUUGUCAAAUAUCAUGGUUUGAGAGAUCAUCAGGUGUCUCGUAUGGAGCUUCACACAUCACGUAUUCUAGCUUUACUAGGCUAUCGAAUACUGCUGUUGAUCAUUUGGGGAUUGUUGGCCUUCCCAGGUGCUAUCUUGAAUUUGCCUGUGGCUAUUGUUGCCAAGAUUUUCAGUGCUAAAAAAGCUAGGGAAGCACUCCGUGGAUCUACCGUCAAAAUCGCUGGUCGCGACGUACUUGCUACAUGGAAAAUCUUGGUCGGUUUUGUCCUCCUUCCCACUAUCUAUGGUCUCUACACUCUGCUCCUCUUCAUCACAUUGUUGCACACUGAUUUACCCCUUAAAUGGAAAUUCGUUGCUCCUGCCGUUGUAUGGAUUCUGUUACCUUUUAUCUCGUAUGCCAGUUUACGUUUUGGAGAAAUCGGCAUGGACGUCUACAGGUCCCUAAAGCCCCUCUAUCUUGCUCUUGUUGAUCAUCAAAGCACUGAGCAACUUCGCCAAAAUCGGGAAAAGCUGUCUCAUGAUAUCACAGAGCUGAUCAACGAGUAUGGACCAAGAGCCUUUACUGACUUUGAUCCCGACAAUAUCUUUAGAAUCGCACCUAGUCCAAGUGCAAGUAAUAAUGUUAGCCGAUCUACCAGCCAGUUCUCAUUCCCCAAGAUCGCCAGUGGCUUCUUCAAUCAACGAAAAGAAUGGAUGGAUGAUCGCAACAUCUUUAACUGGAGCAAAAAUGCGUCUGAAUCGGAUGCAGAUGACAACUUGUACUUUUUGGGCCGGUCCUCGCAAGGAAAUCGAAGUCGUAGUGGAUCCGCUAGUGAAUUGGAUGGCGGCUGGACACCCGAUAGCAGAAACCGUAGUCGAGCAAGCAGUGUAUCCAGCAACAACGGCGAGGGGUUCAAAGUAGAGUCGAUGACCAGUUUAUCGCCCACAUUACCAUUCAAUGAAAAUGGCUUGAAGCAGCGCCCAAUCUUUAAAAUUGAAGAUUUCGACGAGGCGCCACCCAAGCAAGCUAUUGUUGGAUAAUCCACAUACUAGCUAUCUCCAUCAUGUUCUAGAUAUCAUUUGCCACACGUAACUGCACACGCAAUCCCCCAAUUUCACAUUCUACAAUCUAUCUCAUACAAGCAUGCUUCAACCCCACGCACACAAGCACGAUAAUAUUGGGCCAUUUCGCUAUGGAAAUGUUACUUGCAUUGUGUGCUAUCCAUUCCUUCCUUAUUUUCUACCCUGCUGUAUGCAGGGUUUCGCUAUGGUUAUUCCUUUGUGAAUCAUUACAACCUCCACCUAUACCUUUUAUUUGUCCAAAUAUAUAUGUUUCUAUACAUCUAUUCGUGAGACGGCUUAAUUGAUCGAAACGGACGAUGGUAGGAAAAGGGUUGACGCUUGAUUCUUCUUCAGU